CUCCACACAUUGAAAGAUCCCCUGAAGGAGCCAUGACUGCCCUGGGCAUCACGGUGGCCCUGCUGGUGUGGUUGGUCACCCUGCUGCUCAUCUCCAUCUGGAAGCACAUCCACAGUAGCUGGAAACUUCCCCCUGGCCCUUUCCCACUGCCCAUCGUUGGGAACAUUUUCCAGUUGGACCUUAAGAAUAUUCCCAAAUCCUUCACCAUGCUGGCAGAGCGUUACGGGCCGGUGUUCACUGUGUACCUGGGUUCGCGGCGCAUUGUGGUCCUGCACGGCUACAAGGCCGUGAAGGAGGUCUUGCUCCACUACAAGAAUGAGUUCUCUGGCAGAGGGGAAAUCCCCACGUUCCAAGUGCACAAGGACAAAGGAAUUGGCACAAGGACACCUGAACACAGCACCCAAAACUCAGUCCCUCCUGAGCCUUUAACUUGGUGGAUGACACCUGUAAAUGGGCCUCUUCAGUGCCCCCACACCGCUCAGUGGUCGUCCUGUCCAUCCACUGGCUCCUCUCAAUGGGGUCAUUUUCAAUAAUGGACCAACCUGGCGGGACACUCGGCGGUUCUCCCUCACCACCCUCCGUGACUUCGGGAUGGGGAAACAGGGCAAUGAGCAGCGGAUCCAGAGGGAGGCCCACUUCCUGCUGGAGGCACUCAGGAAGACCCAUGGCCAGCCCUUUGAUCCCACCUUCCUCAUCGGCUGCGCACCCUGCAAUGUCAUCUCCGACAUCCUCUUCCGCCAGCACUUUGACUACAAUGACAAGACCUGUCUGAGGUUAAUGAGCAUGUUCAAUGAGAACUUCUACCUGCUCAGUACUGGCUGGAUCCAGCUUUAUAAUAAUUUCUCAGGCUAUCUACGCUACCUGCCUGGAAGCCAUAGGAAACUAAUGAAAAAUAUAUCUGAAAUAAAAGAUUAUGCUUUAGAAAGAGUGAAGGACCACCGGGAUUCACUGGAGCCCAGCUGUCCUCGAGAUUUCACUGACACCCUGCUGAUGGAAAUGGAGAAGGAAAAAUACAGUGCAGAACCUAUAUACACCUUGGACAACAUUGCCGUGACCGUGGCCGACAUGUUCUUUGCGGGGACAGAGACCACCAGCACCACCCUGAGAUACGGGCUCCUAAUUCUCAUGAAAUACCCAGAGGUUGAAGAGAAACUUCAUGAAGAAAUUGACAGGGUCAUUGGUCCAAACAGAAUCCCUGCCAUCAAGGACAGGCUGGACAUGCCCUACCUGGAUGCCGUGGUACAUGAGAUUCAGCGAUUCAUCGACCUCAUUCCCUCCAACCUGCCACAUGAAGCAACCCGGGACACAGUAUUCAGAGACUACAUCAUCCCCAAGGGCACAGUGGUAAUUCCGACACUGGACUCCGUCUUAUAUGACAGCCAAGAAUUCCCUGAGCCGGAGAAGUUUAAGCCAGAGCACUUUCUGAAUGAAAACGGAAAGUUCAAGUACAGUGAUCAUUUCAAGGCAUUUUCCGCAGGAAAGCGGGUGUGUGUCGGAGAGGGCCUGGCUCGCAUGGAACUGUUCCUGUUCAUGGCUGCCAUCUUGCAGCACUUUAACUUGAAAUCUCUUGUUGACCCCAAGGAUAUCGACCUCAGCCCCAUCACGAUUGGGUUUGCCAAGAUUCCCCCCCAUUACAAACUCUGUGUCAUUCCCCGCUCACAAGUGUGAGGGAGAUGUGCUCGAAAGGCCCUGGUUCCUUGAUGCUGACCUGGAGGCCUCCUGUCCCCAGUGUCCCCACAGGGAGCGCAGCCCGGGCUCCAUAGGAAAUCAAAUGGGCCAGUGAAGCUGCUUCCAGCCCACAUCCUUCAGAUAGAAUUUGAAAGCAAAGUCCAAAAAAGAUUUUGUACAAUCAAUUAAAGUAAGUAAAGCUAA